AUGGCAGAUAUAAUUAAAAAGCAGAAUUACUGCAUGAUACAACAAUACUACUUCGGAGAUAUACCCAAAAACAUGACAGCAGGAACUCCAACAGAUAUUUGUACACCAAUGUUCAUAAGCAGCCUUACUCCCAGCAGCUCCAAUUAUGAAAGAUGUGAUUUUGAGAAUGGACUCUGUAGUAUGACACAAGAUCAGAGUCUGCAACCUGGUUGGACAAAGAGAAAUGGGAUGGCCGGUCACUCACUUCCAUUUUAUGAUCACAGUGGUAAUAUGUCUGCCCACUUCCUGUCACUGGUCUCCAAGGUGGAUUCUACUUCCUCAGACUUAAGAAGCAGAGUGUUUCUUCCCACGAAUAUCCAACAUGCCUGUCAGAUUACGUUUUAUUACUUCUCCAGUCAAGUGGGUGGCAAAUUAAGAGCUGGCCUUCAAACUACAUGUGGUGGGCCCAUUCGGCAUUUAUGGCAAAACACAGCUGGGCUCCAGAAUCAGUGGGAGAGAAAUGUCAUGAGCAUCCAGAGCAACCAGAAAUUUCAGGUUGUUUUUCAAGGUCAAAUAGUUUCAACUCCUGAACAAGAUGAAGUCAUGGCUAUUGAUGAUAUAUCUUUCAGUUCAGGCUGUUUGCCUGCAAAUGAUGAAAUUUUACCAUGUCAAGAAACACUGAAUACCGAGCUGGAACUGUGCCAUCUAGAUUCACGUCUCUGCAAUUUUGAUUCUACAGAUGAAGGAUUGAAGUUAUGUCACGUCUGUGGAUUUGAAUCUGACAUGUGUGACUGGGCAUCAGAAACAUCUGCUGGGCGAAUUUCCUGGAUGCGCACAAAGGCAAGAGAGGUUCUUGCAUUAGAAUCUAUACCUCAGCAGGAUCAAAGUAGUGAUGAUGAAGGUUACUGUAUGUGGCUAGGAGCUAAGGAUGCUUCUAGUCUUAACCAUUUAGACAGCAAGGCUUAUUUAAACAGCUCUGUGUGUCACUGCCUGGGCAAGAGAUGCCAUCUUCAAUUCUAUUACUCUAUGGAAAACAGUGUUCUGAGAGUAGGACUAUAUAGUAAUAAGGAAGAAGAAAUAUUUUGGACAUAUAGCGCAUCAACUGACAGAAAAUGGGUGAAAGCAGAGGUCUUAAUACCAGAAGGACUGAAGACAUUUAAGAUUAUCUUUGAAGGGACUAUUCUGAGCCAGAAAGGUUUUAUUGGGCUGGAUCAGCUCUGGGUCUAUGCCUGUGCACGUGCUCCAUCCAGAAAGCUUUGCUCUACAGAGGAAUUCACUUGUGCUAGUGGCCAGUGCAUCACCCAGGAAUUGGUCUGUGACUCUCAGCCAGACUGUUCUGAUGACAGUGAUGAAGACCCGGCAACUUGCUCACAUCAUCUCACGUGUGAUUUUGAGUCUGGUUUCUGUGGUUGGGAACCAUUUCUCACAGAAGAUUCACACUGGGAGUUCAUGAAAGGAUUGGCCAGUGGAGACAACCACCUACCUGAUGCUGAUCACAUAGCAAACACAAAUAAUGGAUCAUUCAUUUAUUUCAGGUCACAUCAAUUUCCAGGAGUGGCCAAACUUGGAAGUCCUGUUCUUACAAAAGCACGCACUGCCUCUGCCCCAUGUCAGGUGCGAUUUUGGUAUUACUUGUCUUGGCAUUCACAUCUCUCGGUUUUUACAAGAACAUCACUGUCUGGGGAUUUGCAAAAGCAAGGUGAUCUGAUUGGAAUCUCCACAUCUCAGUGGAAACAAGCAAAAAUCAAUCUCUAUGUGAAGCCUGGAGAAUCUACUCUACCUUUUCAGUUGAUUUUAGAAGCUACUGUUUUAUCAUCAAAUGCUACUGUUGCUCUAGAUGACAUCAGUAUAUCUCAGGAAUGUGAAAUUUCAGAUAAGUCACUUCCAGGUACCAGCAUACUAAAGAAAGGGGAAGAGUAUGUGUUAUCCUCUCCAUCUCUUAAUGUUGAAGCUGGAUUUGUGCCACGUGAGGAUGCAGGCUCUAUUUCAUCCAGCAAGUUCUGUGAUUUUACAUCUGAUUCCCCAAAUGGAGCAGAUGAAGCCAACUGUGGUUCCAAAUGUGACUUUGAAGCAAAUAGCUGUGGUUGGUUUGAAGCAAUUAGUGGUGACCAUUUUGACUGGAUAUGGAACUCUAGAAGUAACCUUUCAGCUGAAUUUGAACAACAGGCUCCACCUUGGGAUCAUACUCACAGAACAGCUCAAGGACAUUUUAUGUUCAUUCUGAAGAAAAGCAGAAGCUUGUCACAAGUUGCUAAACUCCAGAGCCCAACUUUCAGCCAGGCAGGACCUGGAUGCACACUUUCCUUCUGGUUUUAUAACUAUGGUCUAUCAGUGGGAGCAGCUGAGCUACAGCUACAUGUGGAAAAUUCCAGCGACCCUACAGUACUCUGGAGAGUAUUAUAUAACCAGGGCAACCAGUGGUCACAGGCGACUAUUCAGCUUGGACGCCUUACUCAGCCCUUCCAUUUGUCACUAGAUAAAGUCAGUCUUGGCAUUUAUGAUGGGGUCUCGGCUAUUGAUGACAUCAGAUUUGAAAAUUGCACUCUUCCCCUUCCUGCGGAGAGCUGCGAGGAGCCAGAUUUUUUCUGGUGUCGACACACCAAGGCUUGCAUAGAAAAGCUUCUGUUAUGUGAUCUGGUGGAUGAUUGCGGUGAUCACACUGAUGAGGCCAACUGUGUACCUGAGCUACAGUGUAACUUUGAAAAUGGAAUUUGUAACUGGGAACAAGAUACAGAAGAUGACUUUGAUUGGACCAGGAAGCACGGUCCAACCCCAACACUUAAUACAGGGCCAAUGAAGGAUAAUACUUGGGGCACGGCUAAAGGGCACUAUCUCUACAUAGAAUCUUCGGAGCCUCAGGUUUUCCAAAACAGAGCCGCUCUGCUCAGUCCUGUCCUUAAUGCCACUGAUGCAGACGGCUGCACCUUCCGCUUCUAUUACCACAUGUUCGGGAAGCACAUUUACAGGCUGGCCAUCUACCAGCGGGUCUGGAGUAACACAAGAGGACAGCUGCUGUGGCAGAUAUUUGGGAACCAAGGCAACAGAUGGACAAGGACACGCCUCAACAUUUCCAGCAGGCGGCCUUUUCAGAUUUUGGUGGAGGCUUCAGUAGGAGAUGGCUUCACCGGAGACAUUGCAAUUGAUGAUUUGUCAUUCAUGGAUUGUACCCUUUACCCUGGUAAUUUGCCAGUGGACCUCCCAACUCCACCUGAAAUGUCAGCUCCGGUCACAUUACCUCCACACAACUGUACAGACAGUGAAUUUGUUUGCAGGUCCAGUGGUCACUGUGUUGAAAGAAUCCAGAACUGUGAUUUUAGAUAUGACUGUCCUGACCAAUCAGAUGAAGCAUUCUGUGCCAUGAAAGUUUGCAGCUUUGAAAAAGGAAGCCUGUGUGAAUGGUACCAGCCGAUCCCAGAAAAUCUAAUUCGAGAUUCAAACACAUUCAGGUGGGGACUUGGCAAUGGAACCAGUAUCCAUCAUGGGGAAGAGAAUCACAGGCCAUCGGUGGAUCAUACAACAAAUACCACAGAUGGCUGGUAUCUGUAUGCUGAUAGCUCAAAUGGAAAGUUUGGUGAUAUGGCUGAUAUACUCACUCCUGUUAUUUCACGCAUGGGACCAAAAUGUACUCUGGUGUUCUGGACUCACAUGAAUGGGGCGACGGUUGGUUCUCUCCAGGUACUCAGCAAGAAAGACAACGUUACUUCUAAAUUGUGGGCUCAAAGUGGACAGCAGGGUGCACGGUGGAAAAGAGUAGAAGUGUUUUUAGGCGUUCAAUCACAUAUACAGAUUGUCCUCAGGGCAAAGCGUGGUGUCAGUUACAUGGGAGAUGUAGCAGUGGAUGAUAUUUCCUUUCAAGAUUGUUCCCCCCUACUUAGCCCAGACAGAAAGUGUACUGCUCAAGAGUUCACAUGUGCAAACAGGCACUGCAUUGCAAAGGACAAGCUGUGUGAUUUUGUGAAUGACUGCGCUGAUAAUUCAGAUGAGUCUCCUUUCAUUUGCAGUACCUCCAGUGGGCACUGUGAUUUUGAAUUUGACCUUUGUUCCUGGGAGCAGGAACAGGAUGAUGACUUUGACUGGAAUCUGAAAGCUAGCAGCAUCCCUGCUGCAGGCACGGAACCAGCUGCUGAUCACACCUUCCGGAACUCCUCCGGUCAUUACAUCUUUAUAAAGAGCUUGUUCCCUCAGCAGCCCAUGAGAGCAGCCAGAAUCUCAAGCCCAGUCAUAAGUAGAAGAAGCAAAAACUGCAAGAUAAUUUUUCAUUAUCACAUGUAUGGAAAUGGCAUUGGGGCACUCACCUUGAGCCAGGUGUCCAUCUCAAACCAAACGAAGGUCCUACUUAACCUCACUGUAGAACAGGGCAAUUUCUGGCAGCGGAAAGAAAUCUCACUGUCUGGCGAUGAGGACUUCCAACUCAAAUUUGAAGGUCGAGUUGGGGAAGGACACCAUGGUGAUAUUGCCCUGGAUGACAUUGUGCUUACAAAGAGUUGUCUGCCAUCCCAUUGGUCCAUGAAAGAAGAACCAGCAGCACCUCUCCCAACAGGUCCCUGCCCUCAUGGCUAUCGGGAAUGUCAGAAUGGCAAAUGUUAUAAACCAGAGCAAAGCUGUAAUUUCGUAGAUGACUGUGGAGAUUAUACUGAUGAAGCAGAAUGUGGUACCUCCUGUACUUUUGAGAAAGGCUGGUGUGGCUGGCAAAACUCCCUGGCUGAAAACUUUGAUUGGGUUUUGGGGGUUGGCUCUCAUCAAAGCCUACGACCUCCCAAAGACCACACACUCGGAAACAAAUAUGGGCACUUCUUGUAUCUGGAGGCUACGCCGGUGGGCCUUCAGGGCGAAGAAGCACACCUCAAGAGUGCUGUGUGGCAGGAAUCCAGUGCUGCCUGCACCAUAAGCUUCUGGUAUUUCAUAUCUGCAAAAGCUACAGGGUCCAUUCAGAUUCUCAUUAAGACGGAGAAAGGACUGUCAAAAGUGUGGCAAGAAAGUGAGCAGAACUCCGGUGAUCGUUGGCAAAAGGCAGUCGUCCUGCUAGGCAAGUUAAGGAAUUUUGAAGUCAUAUUUCAAGGCAUCAGAACAAGGGAUCUGGGAGGAGGAGCUGCCAUUGACGACAUUGAAUUUGAAAACUGCACGACUGUGGGAGAGACUUCUGAGGUUUGCCCAGAAGCCACUGAUUUUUUGUGCCAUGACAACAAGUGUGUUGCAUCUCACCUUGUCUGUGACUAUAAACCGGACUGCUCCGAUAGGUCUGAUGAGGCUCACUGUGGCCAGUAUACGAGCACAAUGGGAAGUUGUAAUUUUGAAACAACUUCGGGAAACUGGACCACAGCCUGCAGUCUUAUUCAGGACUCUCAAGAUGACUUAGACUGGGCCAUUGGCAGUAGAAUUCCUGCAGAGGCAUUGAGUCCAGACUUUGAUCACACACCAGGUAGUGGCCAGCACUUCCUGUAUGUCAACUCAUCUGGCCCCAAAGAAGGCUACACGGCAAGAAUCACUACUUCUCAAUACUUUCCAGCAAGCCUCGGAGUGUGUACUGUUCGGUUCUGGUUCUACAUGGUUGAUCCCAGGAAUAUGGGGAUAUUAAAGGUAUAUACCAUUGAGGAAUCUGGGCUGAACAUCCUGGUGUGGUCAGUGAUUGGAAAUAAAAGAACUGGUUGGAUGUAUGGAUAUGUACUGCUCUCUAGUAACAGUGCAUUUAAAGUGGCAUUUGAAGCUGAUUUGGCUGGAAGUGAAGACAUUUUUGUAGCCCUUGAUGACAUCUCUUUCACCCCAGAAUGUGUCUUUGGAGGUCCUGUGGCACCACAGCCAUCACCUUGUGAAGCCGAUCAAUUUUCUUGUAUCUACACACUCCAGUGUGUCCCUCUCUCAGGGAAAUGUAAUGGACAGGAAGAUUGCAUAGAUGGCUCUGAUGAAAUGGAUUGUUCUCUCAGCCCCCCUUCUCAGCUCUGUGGUGAAAUGGAGUUCCAGUGCUCGAGCGGUGAAUGUAUCCCAUCCCUCCUGCUUUGUGAUGGAGUGCCUGACUGUCACUUUAAUGAAGAUGAAUCCAGCUGCUCCAAUAAGAGCUGUUCUGAUGGCGCGUUGAGGUGUCCCUCCUUGAACAGCUGUAUCCCAGUGCACGAGCGCUGUGAUGGUUUUGCCAGCUGCACGGAUUUCCAGCUUGAUGAGUCCAGCUGCUCAGAAUGCCCAUUGGGUUACUGCAGAAAUGGUGGGAAUUGUGUAGUGGAGAAGAAUGGCCCUAUGUGUCGUUGUGGACAAGGAUGGAAAGGAAAUCGAUGCCACAUCAAGGUUAACCCUUCUCCUGCAGAUUUCAUAUACCCUCAGAAUAACAUAUGGACUUUCCUGGGCAUUGGAUCAGCUUUCUUGAUGAUUCAUAUUACAGUUGCAGUCUUGUGUUUUCUUGCAAACAGAAAAGGACCAGUCAGGAAAACUAAAGCAAGUGUUAACCAAGCAUUUGUUAAUCCAGUUUAUGGGAACUGGAGGGACCCAGAGAAAACGGAGAGUUCUGUAUACUCCUUCUCAAACCCGUUAUAUGGCACAACAUCAGGAUGCCUGGAGACCAUAUCUAAUCAUCUGAAAUAGUACCAUCAAGAUCAAGUAUGAUCUAGGGUAUGUAGUUUAUAGAAAAUUCUAGUCUGUGAAAUCUGAUGGAAACUCAUCUUAUGCAAUGGUAGAAAUAGAAGGGAUUCAGAAUACUAAUUAUUACAUUUACAAAUAAAUUUUCUUACUGAAUAUAUUAAAUGUUUUCAUGGCAUCUGAAUCAGAACCUUAAGUUCAUUAUACAUCUGAAUAUUUUAAUAAAAUGUUCUAAUUGA